AUGCAUAAUACCCGAUACAAGAAAAGCUUGUCUCAGCCCUUCAACGUCAUCUUCUGCAAUGUUGUGAUGCAGGACGUGAAAGCGAAUAGGAUCUUUGGUCUACGCGCCGGCUCGGCCCCCGCGGGGUAUCUCCGCGGUAUCCCUCGAUACCUUACUGGUAGCCUUGCUGAGAUGCAGAAUGACCGCAUGACACACUGCAGAAGAAAAAUGUGA